GCUCCUAUCGGUGCAGCCCCGCGGCCCUGUGUGUGUGACUUUGGCUUCCUCUUGCUUUAGCUGUUAUAUCUACUGAAGCAGCUCCCGCUCUUCUGACAGGACUUGCUGCACUACGAAAGGUUGUGGGACGCAGCAGGGAAUGCUUUAAAGAGAUUUUUCUGACAGGGCAUGGAGGAGUUACCAGGGAAGAAAUAUUUCUUAGCCUUAUGUUUAAACUGAACACAACAUCAGGAACUUCUGGAACCAGGCAAAGAAAACGAUUGGAACCGAAGGGAUUCAAACCAACAUAAAGAUGAACACACAUUGGAUCAGAAUCUGGGGAAAUGAGUUGAGGGAUGUUGGCUGGGUGAAAGCCAAGGUGUUUGCUACAAAGAUGAGCUUCCGUUCGGUCAUCUGUGCUACAUUCAGCCGAGCGGCGCGCAGGUCCUGCCGGCGCAGGAGGUAGCAGCGUUUGUCUGUCUUCGGGGGAGCUCCGAACCUUCGGCUGGACGCGCCUCACAGCGACUGAGAGUGCGGACCGAGAGUGCGCGGUCAUUUCAGGGGUUCUCAGCCGGAAGGCUUUAGUAUGAUGAGAAGGUCACGUCUGUCAAGGGGGAAUGUCAGCAUGGCUGUCUUGGGACAGAAGGACUGAAACAGCAGAAGCACCACAAUUAUUUGGGCAGACUGCUUUUGACUACUGAUUAAAAUCUGCCGUGCAGCUGCGGUGGAAGAACAGGACAGGCUCCCCUGCUUGGUUUGUGCUAUCCAGUGUGACCAAGUGGGGUCACCAUGAACGUGACAAGUUUAUUUUCCUUCACCAGCCCAGCGGUGAAGAGGCUGUUGGGGUGGAAGCAGGGAGAUGAAGAAGAAAAAUGGGCAGAGAAGGCUGUUGAUGCACUAGUGAAAAAACUGAAGAAGAAAAAAGGUGCUAUGGAGGAACUGGAGAAAGCGUUAAGCUGUCCUGGUCAGCCCAGCAACUGUGUCACAAUUCCUCGGUCCUUGGAUGGUCGGCUUCAGGUUUCACACCGGAAAGGGCUGCCACAUGUAAUUUACUGCAGAGUGUGGCGCUGGCCAGACCUGCAAAGCCAUCAUGAACUGAAACCACUGGAAUGCUGCGAGUUUCCUUUUGGUUCAAAACAGAAGGAGGUUUGCAUCAAUCCUUACCACUACAAGCGGGUAGAAAGUCCUGUUCUACCUCCAGUGCUGGUUCCAAGGCACAGUGAGUACAACCCUCAGCACAGCCUCUUGGCUCAGUUCCGCAAUUUGGGACAAAAUGAGCCCCACAUGCCACACAACGCUACUUUCCCGGACUCUUUUCAGCAGCCCAACAGUCACCCAUUUCCCCAUUCGCCAAACAGCAGCUAUCCAAACUCGCCUGGAAGCAGCAGUAGCACCUACCCACAUUCUCCAGCCAGCUCAGACCCAGGAAGCCCUUUUCAGAUGCCAGCUGAUACUCCUCCUCCUGCUUACCUGCCUCCGGAAGAUCAGAUGACACACGAUACCUCCCAGCCAAUGGAUACUAGCAUGAUGGCACCUGGAAUCCACCCUGAUGUACACAGAGGAGAUGUUCAGGCUGUUGCUUAUGAAGAGCCGAAGCACUGGUGCUCCAUUGUUUAUUAUGAGCUGAAUAAUCGUGUUGGGGAGGCCUUCCACGCCUCUUCCACCAGCAUCCUGGUGGAUGGCUUCACUGAUCCUUCAAACAACAAAAACAGAUUUUGCCUGGGGCUGCUCUCCAAUGUUAACCGCAAUUCCACCAUUGAGAAUACAAGGAGGCACAUUGGAAAAGGUGUUCAUCUCUAUUAUGUUGGUGGAGAAGUGUAUGCUGAAUGCCUCAGCGACAGCAGUAUUUUUGUGCAAAGUCGAAACUGCAACUACCACCAUGGUUUCCAUCCAACCACGGUGUGCAAAAUUCCCAGUGGCUGCAGUUUGAAGAUUUUCAAUAAUCAGGAGUUCGCUCAGCUUUUAGCACAGUCAGUGAACCACGGCUUUGAGACGGUCUAUGAGCUUACUAAGAUGUGCACUCUCCGCAUGAGUUUUGUAAAGGGUUGGGGAGCUGAAUAUCAUCGACAAGACGUAACAAGCACUCCAUGCUGGAUAGAGAUACACCUUCACGGUCCUCUUCAGUGGCUGGAUAAAGUACUUACUCAGAUGGGCUCUCCUCAUAAUCCUAUUUCUUCAGUGUCUUAAGGUCCCAAGCUCCUGCAUUUUGGAAACAAUUGAGCCUUGCAUGUACUUGAAGGACGUAUGAGUCAGACACAUACUCUUUUCUUUUUUCUCCCCCCCCCGGACUGGUAACAGCUGAAUAAGAGCCGUGAAAAUAAUUUACUUCUGCGACCAACUGUUGGAUUUGGGAAAAGAAAACCAACAAAACAAAGAAAAACAGAAAAUAAGCCCUUUGACGUAAUACUGUUGGUAUCAAGUACUUUAGUUUACAUAGUAAUGUUCUAUUGCUAAGUUGAUUUACAGGCCUUAUCAUAAAGGAGGCUACUGAGCCAAAACAACAAUUGGUUGGACCGACUUCACGAAGGAGUUUCUUGUAGUUGGCAUUCUGAGAUUCUCUUCCUUCUUGACAUACAGCAUCACUUUUUUUUUUCUCCACAUUGUCCUUUUGGGCUAAGAGCUAAUGUUGGUGAAACCUACUUUUAACAGGCUUUCUGCAGUAUGUUUUAAAAUCAUUAGUUGAAACUGAUGGUUAUUCUUCUCUUAAUAAGACAAAAAACAAACAAACCCCAAAACAACAAUGACCCAAACACCUAACAUAUAGUUUUAAUAUCAAUAACUUGUAAUAAUCUUGGAAAUUGUGUUCUGACCGUACUACUGUAAGAAUGUUAGGUAUGUUUUUUGGUAAAUGUAUGUAUGGUGUUUAUGAAAGAUUAGAAAUCCUUUAGACGUAGACCCAUAAAGGAAUUAGGAGUAUUUGAAUGGGGGGAAGAGGGAGCGGGAAGAGAUGACGACAACUGAAAUGUAGAAUAUAUUGUAAACAUAGGUUGUUAGUUUAAACUGAGGUCUGAGUUUUGCUGUGCAUUUCAUUUUUAUAUUGGCUUCACCUUGGUAAUUCUGACUUUUUUUUGCCUCUUCCUUUUUCUCCCAGAGCAUUUGCGCAGCUGGUUAAUUGUUUUACCUGUGAAGAGGACGAAAUGAUUAAUUCCUGCAGUUUGAAGGCUGCAGCUCUAUGUAUUUCAAGACAAAGUUGUACAGUGUGCUCUUUAACUAUAUUGAGCAGUUUUAUACAGUGUAUGUAACAGAAAUAGGCUUUUAAUUUUGUAAGAGAAUCUUGUUUUGCCAAAUCUAGGAACUUAAUUGUUUGGAGAGCUUCAAAAUCCCAAUGUGGGUCUGUUUCAAACUUCGAAAAAUAUAUAUAUUUUUAAUUUUUUUUUUACUGCUUGGUUUAUUUUCUUCUCUUGAUCUUUUAUAUUCGCGUAAGCUGUAGUACUUUAAGUACCUUUAUUCCAAACUUAGUGGGUCCUCUUUACUGGAAGUUUUGAAUAAAACCUGUUGUUACUGCUUACAUUUGAUUAAAA